CGUCAUGGAACUGGGGGCGGGAGGCCCAGCUGAUGGCGCGCGCUGCCCACGUGGCGUCCCUCCCUCCCGCGCUCGCUGCUCAGCCACCGCAGUGCUCGCGCUGCGCCCCGGCCCCCUCGGGCGGCCCCAGCGGGAAGCGGAGCUGAGUGCAGGGCGGCCGCGAGGCGAUGAGGACGAUGAGCUCCCCGUGGGCUCGGUUCUACUCCAACAGCUGCUGCCUCUGCUGCCAUGUGCGCACCGGGACCAUCAUCCUGGGCAUCUGGUACCUGAUCAUCAAUUCAGUGGUACUGCUGAUCCUGCUGAGUGCCCUGACUGACCCUGAUCAGUACCACUUACCAAGUGCUGAUUUAGGGGGCGAAUUUGAAUUUAUGGAUGAUGCCAAUAUGUGCAUUGCCACUGCAAUUUCUCUCCUUAUGAUUCUGAUCUGUGCGAUGGCUACAUAUGGAGCAUAUAAGCAACAUGCAGCCUGGAUCAUCCCUUUCUUCUGUUACCAGAUCUUUGACUUCGCCCUCAACACGCUGGUUGCCAUCAGUGUGCUUGUUUAUCCAAACACAAUUCAAGACUAUCUACGACAGCUGCCUGCUAACUUUCCCUACAAGGAAGAGAUUAUGGCAGUAAAUCCGACUUGUCUAAUUGUGAUUAUUCUACUCUUUAUAAGCAUCAUUCUGGCUUUCAAGGGUUAUCUGAUUAGCUGCGUAUGGAACUGUUACCGGUACAUUAAUAGCAGAAACAACUCUGAUGUGCUGGUGUACAUUGCAACCAAUGACACUGCGGUGCUGUUGCCACCUUAUGAAGAUCCUGCAAAUGCAGCUAGUAAAGACCCACCACCACCUUAUGUGUCAGCAUAAGCAAGAAUGUGAAGUGUACCUAAGAACAAUAGCUUUACUUCUCAAACAUUUGAGCAAUAGUUUAUUUCACUUCCAGGAUGUAACUCUAAGAUUUAUGUGUUGCUGUUUAGCUGAAAUUUUGAAAUGUAGAUUUUGUGUUCAAAAUGCUGUAGAUAGUUUUAAUAAUGUGCUUCAACUGAAACAGUGUGUUGAAUUGGUUUCAGGAACCUUUUUUUGGGAGGGGGGGUUAGUGUUAAGAUGACAAGAAUCAUUCAGUAGCUUUUAUUCACCUCAUUUUGACAUGCAGUGCUAGAGAAUUUAGAACUUUUGUGUAUAAAGCAGGUGUACAUUUCCUUUUUUAUCUACAAAUCUUCCAGAUCAGUAGAAACAAGUUUCUGAAAUGCCCAUUUUCCACCUUUAGAAUGUAUAGGACAAAAUGUAGUCUGUCAGUCCCAAAAAAGUGACAUUUCACUUUACUCCAAAAAAGCUAAUAAAAUAUUGUGCUGAAGCGAAUGGUCUCUAAAGGAACAGGAGUACGAUAUAGUGUUCUCACUAACCAGGUUAAUCACAAACAUUUAGUGGGGGGGAAUAAGCAUGGGAAAGCAAGGUUGCUUAGCUCCCAAAACUGUGGCAAGUCAGGUCCAUGGUCUAAUCUAUACCUGCUCUGUCCCCUACAGCCACUCUUCUUUUCACUUCAAAAUAAAUAAGUAAACAUUGCUGCCACUGUUCUGCUGAUACUCCCUUCCUGCCUAUACAGCCCCUCCCCUUUUAGCAACCUCAAAAAAUACCUGUGCUUUUAAAAUCACAUGGCUUAGUGACUGAAGAUGCCUCCUUGGUAUCCAAAGUGUGAAAGUUUCUAUGGGAGUGUGCCUGUAAAUAGAGCAAAGUUUUGGACUGUGAAUUAAGUUAUACCAAUAUGGGGAUAAAUUCUCCCAGCCUAUGGGAAAAACAUGCAUGUAAUUUCUCCUAACAUUUUCAGAAAUCUCUCAUGAAUACCUAUAUGCAUCAAAAGGAUGCAGCAUCUGCAUCAUAUGGGAAUAUGGGACUCCUUUGUAUGACAACUGUUUGCAUUAGAAUUCAUUCUAGUGGGACUCCCCCCAUCUGUGCUGAUCCUGCUAUGUAUGUUUGUGUGAGGUACUCUUUUCUCCAAAAAGUGCCUCUUGCACAUGUAACUUUUUUGUUGAGAGUUCUAUUUUUAAAAAUUGUUAAAGAUCAUCUAUACUAUAUGAAUGGACAUGUUUCUACCUCUCAUCUCUUCUCAAGUGUCAUCUCUGUCGCUUUUUGGAUGUCAGCACAUGUUGGGGUGCAAAGCCUUAUGCAAAGGGACCUUGUGGAGCUGCACCACCCCUGGGGGAGCCUCAGGAGAAAUUGUCCUUCAAGAAGCAUGAUCUCUUCUGAAGCUGACCUGGAGUGCUUACACUGCACUGUUCAUUAGGACAAUGUAGAUUUCAGAGCACUGACUCCACUCUACAGGCCCAUGCAGAGUGUGGGCAGGUCUGUGGUCCUGCCUCCUCCCUGCCUUUUUCUGAACAAUGACCAAACAGUCCCUGUUCAGAGACCGCUAUUGUGAUCUGUCCUUGUGCAGGCCAUGAAAUGAGGGAAAGGCUUUUUAAAAUGACCCUUCCACACACUUGUGCAAGAGCAGAUCCCAGUCUAGCCCUUGUUGUUUUGUUUCAUGGUUCAAUCACUCUAAGAUCAGACCAGGCAAUACCUUGAUUGGACCAGUUUCUGAUACUGAUAUAUAGAAAAAUCCCAUUGUUUUCUGCAGGGUAACUCUAGUGUUUUCCAGCGUAGGCCUCAUAACCAUUUACAUUCCAGAACUGAAUUUAUUUUUGAGGUGGGCUGCCUGGACUUCUGAUCCUCCUGGCUGUUCACUUUCUUUUAAUUCUUGACUGAUUUUGAAGAAUUUUUAAUCAUUCAUCUGUUUGACAAUAAGCCGAUUGUACAUACUUCUCAUUGAAUCUACUGUGUAUAUUAGCUAGCCUCUCUCUAAUAAAAGGGAUGUUUCCUUGUGCCUAUGGCAAUUUCUUUUGCAUCUCUUCACUAACAUAACAUCCACACAAAUCUAGUAUUGUCAAUCAAAUGUGACAGGUUUUCUGUGUAAAUAA